UCUCACACAUGGGGUAACGUGUCUUGUUUGCCUCUUUACCCGCCAAAAGGCAAAGAGAAACUUGGCUGUAAGCUGCUAAAUGAAUAGAAUGGAGGAAACGGUAUGUGUUGAAGAUGAGCUGCCCCAGGCUGGGAGCAUCAAGGCCAUAGACAAGAGAUCAGUUCACAGAAUCUGUUCUGGACAAGUGGUACUGACACUGGCUACAGCUGUGAAGGAACUUAUCGAAAACAGUAUUGAUGCUGGUGCUACUUCUGUAGAAGUGAAAUUACGGGACCAUGGUAUCAAAGUAGUUGAAGUAAUAGACAAUGGGUCUGGUGUGGAGGAGAAGAAUUUUGAAGGUCUCACCUUGAAGCAUCAUACUUCAAAACUGCAGGACUUUUCUGACCUGGUUGGAGUGGAAACCUUUGGAUUUCGAGGCGAGGCUCUGAGCUCCUUGUGUGCAUUGAGUAACCUUACAGUUGUGACCAGACACUCAAGUUCAGAUGUGGGGACAAGAUUAGAGUUUGAUCAUAAUGGUAAAAUUACACAGAGGACAGCGCAAGCAAGACAGGUUGGUACCACAGUCACCCUUCAAAAUGUUUUCUCCACUCUGCCUGUGCGACAUAAAGAAUUCCAGCGCAAUAUCAAAAAGGAGUUUACGAAGAUGGUAAAUGUAGUGAAUUCAUACUGCAUCAUCAGCACAAAUGUACGGAUCACCUGUUCAAAUCAGAACGACAAAGGUCAGCGGUCUGUCAUGGUGUCCAGUAAAGGAAAUAGCACCCUAAGAGACAACAUAUCCAAUGUAUUUGGACCCAAACAGACGAACAAUCUACUUGAAAUUAAACAACUUGGUCCUAGUGAGGAGGUGUGUAGUGAAUAUGGCAUGGCAUCCUCCAAUGUGGACGUCCCAUUCAGACUUGAUGGCUUUAUUUCUCCGUGUGUCCAUGGACAUGGUCGAAGCAGUGCAGACAGACAGUAUUUCUUCAUCAACAAACGGCCCUGUGAUUCAGCCAAGUUAUCUAAAGUAGUAAAUGAGGUUUACCACCAAUUCAACCGGCAUCAGUACCCAUUUGUGACCCUACAUGUUACCAUGGCAAAGGACGCCGUCGAUGUCAACGUUACUCCUGACAAACGUCAAAUCUUCAUGCAGGACGAGAAACUCUUGUUGGCUACAAUCAAGACGUCCCUGCUUGGUCUCUACCAGCCUACAAUUGGAAUCCUACAAAUCAAGCCAGUUUCUACAAGUAGCAUUGGAGGGAACUCUACAAAAGACUGGGAAACAAGGAAACAGGUUAACCGAGUUCCAGAAGAUCCAGUUCCUAGCUUGAAUACAACAAUAAGCUCUCUAAGUAAGCUGAAGAGAUCUUAUGCUAGUGUGUUUUCAGCCUGUGAAGAUGCUUCGAAAAAAGAACAAAAAUCCAAACAGAGGAAACUUGACACCUUUGUCACCAAGAAGACGGUUUCAUUAUCUGAUUGUGAACCUGACCUUGACCCCACAAAGACCAUGGCCCCAUCGGAGGAGGUUGUUGUUCUUAGUGUGGAAAUGAUGUCUAAACCUGUCUCACCAACGCGAUGUGAAUCGGGGAUCAGCUCCCCCAAGGAUACAAUGAUCGUUGGUUCACUAAGUCAGAGUUCAAAGGAAACAAUGACAAAGAGAGCAGAAGUUCAACAAGAUACAGUAAUGUUAGGUUCACCAGGUCAAAGGGCAAAAUUUCAACAAGAUUCAGUAACAUUGAGUUCACAGGGUCAAAGUUCACAGGACACUUUCCUGUUAAAUUCACAAGAUUCUCUGACUUCAGGUUUUGAUAGUCAGGAAACUGUGAACUCAUCAAAUUCUAAUAAAUUGAAUAGUCCUUUAUCAAAAUGUGAACAGCUUCCAUCUGUAUCCAAAGAUCUUGGUGAUGAUGUGACCACAAGUCCUACUUCCCAUGAUGAAUCUUCUCCAAAGGAUGGAAUCUGCUCAUCUGACAAUAACUUAAACAAAUCUGAGUUUUCUUUUAGUGACAAAUCAAGACAUGAUGAUGAAGCAAAACUUCUGUUUAAGUCUGUAUCAAAACUAAGCAACUUUAAAGCGGAGAAAUCUCAGUUUCUUCUAAAAAAUUCUGUUUCGAAGUCACAGGGAUAUACAAAGUCUUGUUCUUCUGAUGACUGUCAUUUUCCAUCAUCAUCAUCCAUAAAUGAAGGACUUAUGUCUGACAUCACAAACAGAGAAGAUCUGAAUCCAUCCGAUGGAGAGAAUGAAGAAAGGAUACAGGAAAAAGACGAGUGUGAGGUGACAACAGAAUCAGAGGAACCCAAGGUCAAGUCAGAGAAAAUCACACAAUUUAGUAUGUUAAGUCUGAAGACGAAAGCCUCGGCAAGAAAGAAAAUGACGGGAAAAAAAAAUUCUGAGGAACAAGAAUUUUAUCGAACAUUUCGGGCAAGCAUCGUUCCAACAGAUAACAAGUCUGCUGAAGAAGAGCUGCAAAGGGAGAUAACAAAAGAUACAUUCGAGAAGAUGGAGAUCUUGGGUCAGUUCAACCUCGGCUUCAUCAUCGCGAAGAAUGGAGAUGAUUUAUUCAUAAUUGAUCAACAUGCCACUGAUGAGAAAUAUAAUUUUGAACAGCUACAGAAACACACAGUUCUACAGAGUCAAAGACUUAUACAACCCAUGAAUCUAGAAUUGACAGCCAGCAACGAAACCGUCCUGAUUGACAACUUGGACAUUUUCCGUCAGAAUGGAUUUGAAUUUCUAAUUGAUGCACAAGCCCCACCUACUCAACGAGUCAAACUUACAUCAACUCCCCUCAGCAAAAACUGGAACUUUGGAAAGGAAGAUGUUGAGGAGAUGAUCUUCAUGCUCUCAGACUCUCCAGGUGUCAUGUGUCGACCAUCUCGAGUCCGGCAAAUGUUUGCUUCGCGAUCUUGUAGGAAGUCUAUUAUGAUUGGCACAGCACUCAACCAAGUAGAAAUGAAAAAGCUUGUCACACACAUGGGACAGAUAGACCAGCCAUGGAAUUGUCCUCAUGGCCGACCGACGAUGCGACACCUGAUCAAUCUAAACAUGGUGCCUCGAUAAUUGAAUCUUCCUUUUAUAAUGAAACCAUGUACAGAUGUUGUGUGGAUUCAAGUGCAAGAUUUAA